GCUAGACUAUCCAUCAGUCAUCUACUGCAGAGUCAGUACAACCAUGGACAACCCUCGGACAACUUUGGUGUUCUUUGUCAAUGGAAGCAAGGUGGUGGAAACUAAACCGGAUCCGUCAACAACCUUGUUACAUUAUCUCCGUCGGCACUUAAAACUUACAGGUACAAAGAACGCUUGUAAUCAGGGAGGAUGUGGAGCCUGUACCGUGAUGCUGUCGUGGUGGGACAAGGCGGAACGGCAAAUAAAACAUUCCAAUGUAAAUGCUUGCCUCGUUUUGGUAUGCAAUCUCCAUGGCUACGCCGUUACGACAGUGGAGGGGGUGGGUAGCACGCGACAAGGACUCGGUGGGAUUCAGACAAGCAUGGUGGAGUCAUUUGGUCUCCAGUGUGGGUUCUGUACACCAGGAAUGGUGAUGACAAUGCAUACCCUGCUACAGCAGAAGGAAGACCCAUCACCAGGAGUUUUGGAGAAAGCACUCGAGGGGAAUAUGUGCCGCUGUACGGGAUACAGACCAAUAGUUGACGCUUUCCGAAACUUUUGCAAAAAGAAUUGUACAAAGCGGGCAGAAUGCAGUCAUGGAGACAUCGAGGACCUUUGUCAUUUGACUAUCAAUGGCGGCAGUGAGAACGAGAAUAUCGACAAUGACAAGUUUGAAGAGAAGUUACCCUUUCCGGAAGAACUGCAGAUUGACCUGGAGACCGAGAGCUUGGCGUUCCGGAGCGGUGACUGGUGCUGGCUGAGGCCUGUGACGUUACAGGAAGUACUCAAUUUGAUGGACACAAUGCCGGACAGUUACAUCGUGAUGGGAGGAACCAAUCUGGUCGGGAAACUGAAAUCAAAGCAAAUCACUCAAGGAACAUUGAUUUCGUGUGCGCAUGUCAAGGAAAUGAUAAUGUUUGAACAAAAUGAAGAGGGUAUUGAAAUAGGCGCUGCUUUGACUCUUGGAGGUAUCGCCGAACGUUUGAAGGCGUGUGCUCAAUCUCUUAAUGGUCGGGGCGAACGUGGCCAUGUUGUCACAGCAAUGUUGGAAAGUUUACAAUGGCUGGCGUGUCAGCAGAUCCGGAAUCAAGCGACUUUGGGAGGUCACGUGAUGAUAUCGGACCCUCGUUGUGAUUUAUGUGUUGUGCUUAUGGCUGCCAAAGCGAGAGCUGUGGUGAUUUCGAAAGAUGGACGCAGGGAAGUCCAUAUCGACAACCAUUUCUUUGCCAGUAAUGGGAAGACGUCGCUUUCACCAUCAGAAGUGUUGGUAUCGGUAAAGGUGCCAUUUAAUCCAGCGAAUACGUACAUGACAUACUACAAACAAGCUAACAGAAAGGGUUUCGACUACGCUGUGUUGAACGGAUGUUUCUAUGCCAGUUGGGAUGGACAUGGCGCUUUCACCAGCCUUGAUCUUUGUUUUGGAAGUAUGUUCGAAACAACAAAAAGACUCGUCAAAGCUUCAUCCGUAGCAAAGGCACAAUACCCUGACGACAGCACUCUGGCAUCGGUUUGUGACGAGAUAAAACGUGAGCUGGAUGUUGAUUCGAACGGCACUGUCAGCACAUACAAACAGAAACUGGCGUGUGGCUUCGUAAUUAAGUACUGGCGGGAGAUACAAAACACACUUAAUCAUAACAAAAAGGCAGAUAUCAACGGUCUUCUGUGGAAACCUUGCGAAGGGCAGCAGGUGUAUCAGGCGCCAUCUCCUGGACAACCAGCAAACGACGCCGUAGGACGAUCUGUUCCGUUAGUUGCUGGACCUGCGCUCGUGACUGGACAGGCCAUGUUUCUGGACGACAUGCCACGAUUUGAAAAUGAGCUGUACGUCCAUCCGAUUUUGAGCACCAGAGCACAUGCGCAGAUAAUUUCUGUAGACAAGAGUGCUGCCAUCACUUUACCGGGCGUGGUAGAUUUCUUAGAUGCGACAACAGUUCCAGGUCAAAACAAAUGGGGGCUAUUUGCACAGGACGAACCUUUGUUUGCUGAAAACGAAGUAUUUUGUAUUGGCCAAGCUAUAUGUGCUAUCGUAGCUACGUCUGAACAAUGCGCCAAGACAGCGGCGGACCUAGUGAAGAUCACUUAUCACGAUCUACCCAGCAUCAUCACAAUGGAGGAAGCUAUUGCUGCAGAUUCCUACAUUGAAUAUACCUCACACCCGAUAGAUUGCGGGGAUCCACAAAAACAGUUUCCACACUGUGACUUUGUGAGAGAGGGUCAAGUACGGUCCGGUUUCCAGGAACAUUUCUAUCUAGAGCCGAGUGGUGCGCUUGUUGUGCCGAAAAACGAAUCUGGAGAAAUUGAGAUAUUUACCACAUCCCAAGCACCGACUUUCUGUCAGACAACAGCUUCCCAGAUACUUGGCAUACCGAGGAACAAAAUCGUCGUCAGACAAAAACGACUUGGUGGUGGAUUUGGAGGAAGAGAAUAUCGUACUCCUCUUAUGUUCGGAGCAGCGGCCGUUGCAGCACAAAGAUUGGGAAAACCUGUGCGUAUGAUCAUGGACAGAGCGAGAGAUUUCCAGACUACCGGGAAACGUCAUCCAUUUAUGUCAAAAUAUAAGGCGGGUUUUAGGACUGACGGGACAUUGGAAGCCGUAUCAAUCCAUUUUUACGUUAACGCCGGAUACACGCUGGACGUGUCGACUGCGAUUAUGGACAAUGCUUGUUUCCAAAUUGACGCGGCGUAUAAAACGCCCGUGUUUUCUGUGUACGGACAUGUAUGCAAGACAAACACGCCCUCCAACACAUCCAUGAGAGCGUUCGGCGCGGCGGAGGCGGUGUUCGUCAUGGAAGCCAUCUUAUGUACUGUAGCAGACACAGUUGGACUAGAACAAGAAAGCGUAAGGCAGCUAAACAUGUACAAGGAAGGCAGCAUCACUCACUACAAACGAAAACUAGAAAACUGCAUGGCACAACGCUGUUGGAGAGAUUGUAUGGUGCAAAGUAACUUUGAGGAAAGGAAGCAAGCAGUGAACGUAUACAACAGCCAGAACAAAUUCAAGAAGAAGGGGAUAGCUGUGAUGCCUCUUAAGUUCGGCGUUGGAUAUCCUCUACGACAUCAAAACCAGGGAGCUGCGUUGGUGAACAUCUACCUGGACGGGUCUAUAACUAUAGCACACGGAGGAGUCGAGAUGGGGCAGGGUCUUCAUACAAAAAUGAUUCAGGUGGCCUCCAGAGCCCUCUGUGUAUCUAUGGACGACAUUUACAUCAGUGAGACAGGGACAAACACCUGCCCUAACACUACCUCAACAGCGGCCAGCUUAUCCUCAGACCUGCAAGGGGCGGCCAUUCUGGAUGCAUGCAAUAAGAUCAAAGGAAGACUACGGCCAUACAAAGAGAAAAGUCCUACAGGAACAUGGACGGAAUGGAUUAAUGCUGCUUACAUGGACAGAGUGAGUUUAUCCGCCACAGGGAUAGGAAGACCAGGCGACCAGGAGUGGGAUUUUGAGAAAGGCGUAGGCAAUCCUAUCCACUAUUACACGUAUGGAGCGGCAUGUACUGAGGUGGAAAUCGACUGCCUAACAGGAGAACAUCAGGUAUUGGACACUGAGAUCGUCAUGGACAUCGGGAACAGUUUAAACCCAAGUCUAGACGUUGGACAGAUAGAGGGUGGGUUUGUUCAGGGAUAUGGAUGGGUCACAAUGGAAGAGUUGAAAUUUUCACCAGAGGGUCAUACCCUGGCUUGUGGACCGGUCGAUUACAAACUCCCGGGAGUAAGGAACAUACCUCGUCGGAUGAAGGUGUCUAUUCUCAAGGAUUGUCCCAACAAGGGUACUGUGUAUUCCUCAAAGGGUGUAGGUGAGCCUCCACUUCUACUGGCAAUAUCGGUUUAUUUGGCACUGAGGAAAGCAGUCCAGGCCUGUCGGACGGAUGCCGGACUCUCUAGUACCUUUGACCUCGAUAUCCCAUUAACAGCUGAAAGAAUCAGAAUGGCUUGUCCGAUUGAAAUUCCUACUGGCAAAUCCGAUUUAUAAAUAAAACCAAAUGAGAGGACCAGGAUAUGGUUCCAACAAAAAUCAGUUGGACAUUUGUCUAAAUAGUUUGCGUCAGGGCAUUUAGAUCAAAAUUGAAGAAAGAAAAAACAAAACAAAACAAAACAAAAC